AUGAGUUUCGUGUCAAAUGAGGGCCUUCCCGACGAGUAUCAAUGGUUCUCCGAUCAGAUCGCUGGACACCAUCCGUCGGUGAUAAAGAAUGGAAAACGCGAGAUUGGCCUCCUAAAAAUCCCUGGAUCCUGUGAGAUACUCAAACCAAAGCAAGACGCUAGCCGAGGAGAAAAAGAGGUAGCCCUCUACAAACUACUAUUAUCCUCCUCCUCCUCCUCGCCUUCCCCAACAGAACAGAAUCCUCCAUCAUCCCUCUUGACAACGUCUUCAGAUGAAUUGCGUAACGGAGUACGAAUGGAGGAUGUGGAUGGUUUGAGGGAGUUGACAGCCAAGUUUCAUCGGAUGCAGACGUUGUUUGUGGAUGGAGAAGACCGCGAGUUCUUGGUCCUCGAAGACGUCACAUCAGACUACAAGCGACCGGCCAUAUUGGAUCUAAAGAUGGGACAAGUCACCUACGAUCCAUUGGCGACACCGGCAAAAAUUGAGAAGGAGAGUGUCAAAUACCCGCCACAAGCAACAAUGGGUCUCAGGAUUCUGGGGUAUAGGAUCCAUCGCGGCGACGACAACGUGGAAGUUCGGGACAAGGACUGGGGAAAGUCGUUCGACGAAACCAAUGUCCAGACGGGUCUCUGUGAAUUCUUCUCCGCUAGAGACGCCCCUCAUCUGGAAAACGUUCUGAAGGAGGCGUUGGAUAAACUGAAAGAUAUCAAAGCGUUUUUUGAGACGCAGAAAUCUUUUCUGUUCUUCGCAUCGUCACUCCUUUUUGUCUACGAGGCGGAUAAGACACUUCCGAUUAACUUGAAGAUUGUGAUGAUAGACUUCUCCCAUGCGUUCACCUCCAACGGACUUCGUGACGAAGGCUAUCUCUUCGGUAUCCAGAACCUGGAGAAGUACCUGAAAUCGAUGCUGUAG